AUGGACAGCAUAAGCACAGCCAUCUUGCUCCCGCUCCUGGCUCUCCUCUGUCUGUUCCUGACCAUCAGCUCAAGGGGCAAAGACCGGCUGCCCCCAAGCCCCAGACCCCUCCCGCUCCUGGGAAACUUGCUGCAGCUUCGCUCCCAAAACAUGCUGACCUUCCUCACCAAGCUGAACAAGGAGUUCGGCUCAGUGUACACAGUGCUGGGGCCCAGGUGGGUGGUGGUCCUCAGCGGGUACCAAGCUUUGAAGGAGGCUCUUGUGGACCAGCGGGAGGUGUUUAGUGGCUGCAGCGACUACCCUGUCUGCGAGCCCUUCGACCCCAAGUUUGUGCUGAGCCGCUCGGUGUCCAACAUUGUCUGCUCCGUGAUCUUCGGCACCCGUUUCGACUACGACGAUAAGCGUCUCCUCACCAUUAUCCACCCCAUCAAUGACAACUUCCAAAUCAUGAGCAGCCCCUGCGGAGAGCGGUACAAUAUCUUUCCGAGCCUCCUGGACUGGGUGCCCGGCCUGCACCAACACCUUUUCCAGAACUUCGGGCGCAUGAAGGACCUCAUCGCCCGCAGCGUCCGUGACCACCAGGCCUCCCUCGACCCAAACUCUCCCCGGGACUUCAUUGAUUGCUUCCUUACCAAGAUGGCACAGGAGAAGCAGGGCCCGCUGAGCCACUUCCACAUGGAUACUCUGCUGAUGACCACACACAGUCUGCUCUUUGGAGGCUCCGAGACCGUGGGCACCACGCUGCGCCACGCCUUCCUCGCGCUCAUGAAGUAUCCAAAAGUGCAAGCCCGCGUACAGGAGGAGAUAGACAGCGUGUUGGGACGCGCGUGGCUGCCUGCGCUGGAGGACCGAGCGGCCAUGCCUUACACAGAUGCGGUGAUCCACGAGGUGCAGCGCUUCGCAGACGAUCCCAUGAGCUUUCUACACCGCGUCACUCGGGACACGACUUUUCAAGGCUUCCUGCUACCCAAGGGCACGGAUAUCAUCACCCUCCUUAAUACAGUCCACUACGACCCCAGCCAAUUUCUGACACCCUGGGAAUUCAACCCUGAGCAUUUUCUGGAUGCCAAUCAGUCCUUCAAGAAGAGCCCUGCCUUCAUGCCUUUCUCAGCCGGUGAGAGCAGGCUGUGCCUGGGCGAGUCGCUGCGGCGCCGGGAGCUCUUCCUCUUCCUCACCGCCAUCCUGCAGAGCUUCUCGCUGGAGCCGCUGGGGGCGCCCGAGGACAUCGAUCUGACCCCUCUCAGCUCCGGUCUCUGCAAUUUGCCGCGGCCUUUCCAGCUGUGCCAGCGCUCGCGCUGA